AUGGCGAGAGACGGUGGUGAGCUUAAGCUGCUGGGGAUGUGGGCGAGCCCGUUCGUCGCCAGAGCGAAGCUCGCGCUCCAGAUCAAGGGCCUAAGCUACGAGUACGUCGAAGAGGAUCUCGGCAACAAGAGCGAGCUCCUGCUCAGCUCCAACCCGGUGCACAAGUUGGUCCCAGUGCUGAUCCACAACGGGAAGCCGGUCUGCGAGUCGUCCGUCAUCGUGCAAUACAUCGACGACGCUUUCGCCGGCACCGGUCCGUCCCUCCUCCCCGCCGACCCCUACCAGCGCGCCGUUGCUCGCUUCUGGGCCGCCUACCUCGAAGACAAGCUCUUCACCACCUGGAUACCCGUAUACAUCGGCAGGACGAGCGAAGACAGACUCGAGGCGGCGAGGCAGGUCGUGGCCGUCCUGGAGAAGUUUGAGCAGGCGUUCGAGGAGUGCUCCGGGGGCAAGGCGUUCUUCGGCGGGGAUGCUGCCGGCCUCGUGGACGUCGUGCUAGGCGGCUUCCUCGGGUGGCUGCGCGCGUCCCAGAUGAUGUGCGGCGUGAGGGUUAUCGACCCCGCCAAGACGCCGCUCCUGGCGGCGUGGGCGGACCGGUUCGCCGCGCUCGACGGCGUCAGGGAGGUGAUACCUGACGUGCAGAGGCUGCUGGAGUAUAACAAGAUGAGGCGAGCUCGCCAUGGGCUACCAUAG